UGCUCCAGUGAGAAUGAACUGCCAACGCCCACUGCAAUUGAAGAGAAGCAAAAGCAACAGGAGUUGGAGCGAGUAGCGAAAUGGCUGAAGAUGGUGAAAAAAUGGGACAAGUACAAGAACAGUGAAAAGCUGGUGAAGCGGGUGUAUAAAGGAAUUCCUCUGCAGCUGAGAGGCCAGGCUUGGGCUUUGCUUUUGGACAUAGAAAAGAUUAAAAAAGACAAUCAGGGAAAAUAUGAGAAAAUGAAGCAGCAGGCUCGAAACUUCUCAACGGAGAUCAAGCAGAUAGACCUGGAUGUCAACAGAACAUUCAGAAACCAUAUCAUGUUUAUGGACCGCUUUGGAGUGAAGCAGCAGGCACUGUUUCAUGUACUGGCAGCUUACUCUGUCUACAACACGGAGGUAAGCUACUGUCAGGGGAUGAGUCAGAUCGCUGCGAUAUUGCUCAUGUACCUGAAUGAGGAAGAUGCCUUCUGGGCUUUAUCCCAGCUUCUUACAGACAGCAAGCACUCUAUGCAUGGAUUUUUCAUUCCUGGAUUUCCCAAGCUGCAGCGUUUCCAGACUCAUCAUGACCUCAUCCUCUCGAAAAUGCUGCCUAAGCUUAAAAAAUACCUGGACAGGGAGCAGAUGACAACAGGGAUUUAUUCAACCAAAUGGUUUCUGCAGUGCUUCAUCGACAGAACGCCCUUCACCCUCACAUUGCGCUUAUGGGACAUCUACAUUUUGGAAGGAGACAAGAUCCUUACAGCCAUGGCUUAUACAAUCCUCAAGUUACACAAAAAGCGGCUGAUGAAGCUCCAGCUAGAGGACCUGAGGGAGUUUCUUCAGGAGGAGCUGUCUCAUUCGUUCAUACUGCCGGACGAUGCUGCGAUUGAACAGUUACAGGCCGCCAUGUCAGAGCUGCGCAGUAAAAAGCUGGAUCAACCUCCUCCAGCCAAGUCAGAUGAGCUGCCAAAGAAGCCUCUGGGUCAAGAGAGACCAGUUCUUCUUCACCCAUUGCAGUCUAACUCUCCUCCGGAGGUCAAAAUAAAUCAUCAGACAAACAGCAAGCCUAUUUCAGAGACUGAGAAACUGGAGGCAACUUCCAAUCAUCACGCUUCUUCAAUGUCUUCAUUAGUUGUCCGUGCAGAAGGAACACCUUCUUCCCUAAGGCACUGUAAAUCACCACUGGUACCUCCAAAAGAAAACAAGCCAUCUAUUGAGGUAGGGAUGGGUAGAGAUAUGAAGAAGUUGCCCCCAGAGGUUAACCAGGAGUUAGGAAUACAGGAGAACCAAGCGACUGACACAGAGUCUCAGGAGGGAUCAGUGGAUUGGCCUCCACCCUAUGAGCCCUCCCCUUCGGAUGCUGUGACUAUGCAGACAGAGGUUGACAUUUCGGACCUUCCUGACCUACCCCCUCCACCUUUGUUCUACCCUGAGCAGACUGACCAGCAGUUUCUUGGCAGAGAGUCGCCUAGCCUAGGGCCUGAGACUCAUCCUGAUUCGCACCUUCGCUCUCCAUCCCCUUGUCCAGCCUUACCACUGGCUGCUUCAGUCAGGCCAUCCCCCAAACCAAGCCCAAAACCAUCCCCUCACUUCAUGAAGAUAAGUACUUCUCCAACAAAGCCUCCAUGUCUCCCUGUCCACACACCACCCUCCUCAUCGCCUCCCAGAGUCCCACCCACCAAACCAACCAAGUUCCCAGUUUCCCUUUAUGUUCCUGGGUCCACAGGGGACAGACGACCCUCCAACACAUCUCAGUAUGAUAAUCUCUCAGAAGCUGAUGACGACGAUCGCUUUGUGGAGAGACUACUUGCCUGCACCCUUGAAGAAGCUCCAUGCAAACCCACCCACCCUACUGACAGAACCUACGACCCUACUCUCUACCCUGUCCCCCCACCUCCCCUCUUUAUUCCUCCUUCCCCUUCCCCUCUUCCCCCAUCGAUGUGCGUCCUCCCUAGAUUGCCCCAAGAGCCAGAAUAUAAAGGAGAGUCCAGCUGGGUGGAUGACUCCAUCAUCCCCCCUCCUCCACCAAACUUUGCAGACAGAUUCAGUCCCUUUCAGUGUACCUCUGGCAUCUCCUCAGACCCAACCAGGUCCUUAUCACCUGUUUACUCUAAGAAUUUCACCAGAGCCCCCAGAGACCAUUCUGCCUUCCCAGCACCUUUGCUAUACACAGGGUCUCCCCCGUGUCACAUCAGGUCCUCAGGACAGUCGCCAAUGGGCAUCACAGGAGUACAAUGCAGCCCGGACUUCUGUAGUACGCCUCCUGUUGGACAAAAACUGCCAAAAUCAGUAACUUUUUGAUGUGGCAGCUGUUCAUGCCCGAUUGGCCUUCAAAGCUACUGUAAAGAUAAAAGGGCCAGUAGCUAUUUGUCAAGAACUGUUCCACGCAUGUGUGACAACCAUUGUUCUAUGUCCAGCUACUGUACCCACUCCUAUCGCAGUUGCA